UUUUCAGGUCGUCAAGCAACAACCAGCCGCAGCCAUGAAGGCUUUCAUCGCCAUUGCUCUGCUGUCCGUUGCCUCCCUGGCGUAUGCUGAGCCCCGUGGCUUUACAAAAGGAGGCAGUAUUCAAGAUGGAUAUAGCUCCAUCGGAUCUGGCUUUGGAGGUGGAGCAGGUUUCGUUGGAUCUGGCAGCCUAGGCUUUCCCUCUGUAAGCGCGUCAGGAACACCAGGAGCAGGGUUCAAUGGCGCUUUUACUGGUAUCUCAAGCGGGUCGUCCGGAAGUUUUAGUUCUUUCUACCCUGGUAGUUCCGGAUCGUUUGGAUCAAACGCUGGUAUAGUAGCACGGCCCGGAUAUACCAGAUCAUUCGGUGUAUUUCCAAGCCGGGGCUCACAUGGCUGGUCGCGUCCCUCCGGAGCCCACGGCUUCCUUGUUGGACCCGCUUAUGGCCGAAUAUAUCACGGAAGCCGUUCUUUCGAUGGCUUUUAUGGCAACGGAUAUGGCAGCGGCUAUGGCAGCGGAUCACUUGUUGUAUUUCCAAGUGGAAGCUCACAUGGCUGGUCGCGUCCCUCUGGAGGCUACGGUUCCUUUGGUGGAUCCACUUAUGGUCCAAUGUAUCACGGAAACGGUGCUUUCGGUCGCUACUACGGCAGCGGAUAUGGCAGCGGAUAUGGCAGCGGAUAUGGCAGUGGCUACGGCAGUGGUUACGGCAGCGGCUACGGCAGCGGCUAUGGUAGUGGCUAUGACAGCGGCUAUGGCAGCGGGCAUGGCAGCGGAUAUGGCAGUGGCUACGGCAGCGGCUACGGCAGUGGCUACGGCAGUGGCUACGGCAGCGGCUACGGUAGUGGCUAUGACAGCGGCUAUGGCAGCGGGUAUGGCAGCGGCUAUGGCAGCGGCCACGGCAGCGGAGGUUAUUACGGCGUUGCUUUCGUUCCCUACUAUGGGCACGGCAAUGACUUUAGGCAUGGCUCUGGUUAUAGAAAUGGCUACGUCUACCGCCCUGCCUAUUACGGCGUUGCUUUCGUUCCCUACUAUGGACACGCCAAUGGCUUUAGUUAUGGCUCUGGUUAUGGAAAUGGCUACGGCUACCGCCCUGCCUAUGGUUCGGGCUAUGGCUCCGGUGGUUACGCAGGCACCUUCGGCGGAAACUUCGGUGGUUUCGGCAGCUCCAAUGGCUAUUACGGCUUCCCUGUCCACAGUAGCCACGGUUUCCAGCCGGGCUACGGAUAUAACUUCGGCCAUAGCGGUUUCGGAGGCCUCCGUGCUGGUGCAGGAUCUUCCGGAUCUGCAUCACUGAGUGGAAGUGCUGACGCCGGAAGCUCCAGCUCAUUUUCUGCUUACCCGAGAGAGUAAUGACUCAUCAACAUUCAUAUGCAUCUUAACAACACUACUGGAGUUCCACGGGGAGGCUAGCAAGUAUUUUAAAGAACAGAAAAAAAGGAAAACUAUCGACACAAUGGAUUCACACUUCUACAUUAUACUUCGAAAGAUAAUUCAAGAAUAAACAUGUUGCUCGA